UUCUGAGCAGAUGAUCCAAAAGAUUCUUUGGAGACAUUUAAAUUAAAAAGAUGAGUUUUGUGGAGAAUUCAUUAAGAUUUAUAUAAAAGCCUCUGACAAAACAUAGAAAUGAUCAGUCAAGGUUGUAUCGUAGGAAAAUUUAAUUUUUUAUAAAAUGUUGAGAUUUGUCAUUUUGAUCGUUCUUUUUGCGAAUGCUUUCGCAGCUUCCGAGAGUGAUGUGAAGCCUCUGGGACCAAGUGGUCUGCCCAAUCCCGUUGGAGUGAAUUUUGUGAAUAGUGACGUAUCUGAAUUGAGAACGUUAAAUGGAGGUCUGUAUGCUGGACAAUAUUUGGGCCGUAUUUACUCGUUCGUGGGUUCCCCGUACGGACAUGAACAUUCAACUUCGGGCCAGUCUCAGGUGUAUACGGGAUACUCAGCUCCUGUGAAAUACGUCGGAAUUGGAAUCCCGAAUGUUUGGGAAUAUAUCAACUAUUACAAAAGACCUUCGUCAGAUAGCAGUCAUAGUUAUGAUAAAUACGAAUAGUUGGAUUAGAUUGAAGUUAAGGAGUAGUUGAGAUAUUGUCAUAGUUCGGUUAAAUGGGAUUCAUUGGGAAUACUUUCUCCUGUUAUUAGUAAGAUUUUUGGAUUUAUUGAUCGAAUAUUUUAGACAUAUUCCUAUUAAACUACCCAUAGCAAAUAGGUUCAUUUUCCACGAUUAUUUUGUAAAAUAAAUGAUAACGCUGAUCUCAA